ACAACUCGGCGGCGGCGGCGGAGGCGGCGUCGGUGGAGAAGAAAGGCCACGAUCGGGGCUCGGGGUGGGGGUUGGGGCGAAGAGCACGCGUUUCAGGCUGAUUACCGCCGCGGUGGCGUCGGCUGCGGCUUAUUCACAAAUUAGCGGGCGCUGGUGCAUGGAUGGCAUGGCAGGCCAUGCGGCUGGGUCGGCGCCUGCCCCGAGCGCCGCCCCGCGACGCCCCCGAGGCCGCCAGACUCGAGGCGGCAUGCGGCGGCUCGACUAGGCUCUCGCCAGGCAUGAGUCAUGUGCGGGUCCUGCUUGCGUGGUGUGCCCUCAGCUCCUGCCUGGUUUCGACCGGUGCGAUCGACUUUUGGUCGCUGGACGAUGAUUACAACAAAAAUCUUCCACCUGGCAAAAACAUGGUGGUGUCCGUCUCGCUGUUCAUCAACCGGGUCUCUUCAGUCGACGAGAAUAAAGAGGAAAUCGCGAUCGACGUGUUUCUGCAAGUCUAUUGGCAGGAUCCUCGCGUGCAUCUGCUCGGCAACAGGGACCACGUCGAGCUGACCUGGGCGCAGCGUCACUCCUUCUGGGUACCUGACCUCUACAUCAGGCAGCUCAGGGACAUGCGCAUGGUACAGGUGUUCCAGGAGAUGGCCUCCAUGCGCCUCUACGCCAACUCCACCUUCAGGGUUUCUAUUGGGGCUACUGUGAUCAUAAAAUGUGAUAUGGACUUUGACCUUUACCCUCUGGACAUACAGCGGUGCGCCGUCGACUUCAGCAGCUACAAGUACACGGUCGACGACAUGACUUUUCGCUGGCGAGACGACCCGGCACUCAGUUUCCCCAGCGACUUCGGGGACGGCUACCGCCUGCCCAAGUACGUCGUCUCCUUCGCGGCAGAGACAGAGGAGCAAGUCAUCUACUACGGCGAGGGAAACCACUCGACCGCCAGGCUGAUGAUCACCCUGGGCCGAGAACUGCAAUCCUACCUUUUGGAGACGUACCUGCCGAGCUCUCUGUUCGUCAUCAUCUCCUGGGGCAGCUUCAUCGUCAACCCUGAAUUGGUCCCUGGCCGGAUGGUCUUGCUUGUCACCACAUUGCUCAGCUUGGUCACCAUGUUUGACACAGUCAGAAACAAUUCUCCCAACGCCCUGGAGCUCAAGUGCAUCGAGGUUUGGCUCAUCUCGUGCAUCCUCUUUGUAUUCGUGGCACUGCUGGAGUAUUUCGUCGUCCUCUUCGCGAUGCGCUACGACAAGAACUGGCGCCGCAGCAAAGCACAAAAUAGUCUAGGAAUCGUGGCGAGCUUGGCGGCGAGGGCACGUCAGGCACGCAGCUCCAUUUCGGCCGCGUCAGGAGGGCCCCCUGCCGUGCAGAUCAGCUCAGAGCAGGGUAGUCCGCGGAGGGACAGCAGCGCCCGAAUGAUUCCCGCCGUCAACCACUUCCACGCCGCCUUGGCAACACCCGAGGAUGACACAGUGCACGUAAACUGCAUCAACAGAAAAAGUCCGUCUGGCGACAGGUUGGCCGUGCUGCGGAGGGUGUUCCCGCGCGCCUCCAUGCCCCCGCUGGCAACCCCGGAGGCCAUGCAGCCCGACGACGGCCUCGAACUGCAGGAGAGGGGAAUGGUGGACAACCGCGAGAGUGCAGUCUACACAUUCAGGGAGUCAUCGCCGCAACGACGCAGCUUCCUGCUGCCGGUGUCUCCGCGGCACUGGCCCUUCCUGUGUGGCUCGCAGCGACGCCGCGGUGGCGCCUCGAGUCCACCCCCUGACCGACGCGACUCGCUGACGGACAACGAGGCCGGGGGCGGCUCUCCCAGAGGCAGCAGGCAGCAGCAGCGGGGCCGGGCCAUCGCCGAGUACUGCGUGUCCUUCUGCGGCUCGUCGCGCGGCACCCUUGACCAGGGUUCGCUCGUGCUGUUUCCGCUCGUCUUCUGUCUCUUCACCGUCGUCUACUGGGUCUCGUAUACCAGCGAGGCUGCCCACCGCAUGGCCAUCCACAGCUGAUUCCGUCUCAUUUCGCCUCGAAAAUUUUCUAAACAACAUCCGGCCAUUUGUAUGCUUUUUCCAAAUCAAAAUUUGCCUUGCUUUGUAAAUGCGAACGUAGGGAACGUAAUUUGUAGAAAACCAACAUCGUAUUAAGAGAUUAUAGUGUUUUGUAUUCUGAAUUAGGAUGCUUCAGGAAGAAUGUAGUUCAAGCCACGUAGAAUCUUUGCCUAAACAAUUUCUACGUAAAUUAAAGACUAGUUUUAAAUGCCUUUCAAAAUGAGCUUGGAAACUUUCUAAUAGCACGAAUUACAAUCCAUUUCCUAAAAAGGUUGCACGUAAAUAUCCUUAAAAGUGAUUUUCAAUUUCGGGAAUAUUUGUUUCAGCAACAAAGAUGUUCAUAUUUCAGAGACAGGGUCUUGUUUCUUGAUUCAGGCGACACAAAAAUUCGCAAUGAUAAUAGAGUUGUACAAAUUUAAGCCACUGCACACAUGUGAGUCAAGUUGGUUGUAAUUUUUUCAGUCCGGUUUAAUCGAGAACUAGAGUUAUUCUAACAAUAAGAAACACAGACACACACCACCAGACCAACACAGAUUACAAAAAUAUCAAUUAACAAAGAAAAAGCCUUCGAGCUGCUUGUCUAUUUAUGAAGAGCAUGCAACCAUAUAGAGCGUGAGGACCAACAAGUAUUCGAUUUGAGUGGAACAUUUUUGUUGAAAUUGCUAACGCCUCUUGGAACAUUGAGAUGAAAUUAGUAGCUGUAGAUAUCAUCUCGCAAAAACGUAAAUAUUUGAGUCUGAAAUCACCCAAGUGCCUCUAAUCAUGGUCCAAAAUGGAACAAGCCACUUCUAAUCUAAAUUUAUUGCCUCAACAAUAUCUGAUUCUAGAGUUCGCACCUUAAUAAUAAACUCGCGCGAGAGAGCUUUCAAAAUAUGCACAAAACAAUCACGCGCGUGGCUUCGAUACUCUUGAUUUAUUGAUAUAUUUGGCUUCCAAAAUUUGUUGACGAAGCGCAAAGCACUUAUUGAAUGAAACCACGGCACAAUGCGCACCAACAGGGAAUAAAUUGUAUAAUUGUGUAAUUUUGAUUGCGGUUCCUUUCGCCCAAUCGAAAUAAUGCCGGGACAAGCUUUACUGCGGUGCAAACUUUCAGAAUAUAUAUAGGUAAAGGUUUAGGAAAAUAAAAUGCUUCAGAGCAAUUCAAGCAAUAUAGCUGCGUAGAACUUUGCAAUUUGCCUUCGAAUCUGAUUAAAGGAACAUUCCUUAUUAUAGAUAAGUUAACUCAGUCAUUGAAACUUUUGUAAGAUAUUCUCGAAUGUAAGGUUCACAAUAAAAAAAACU